AAAAAAAAUGGAAGCGGAGAGAAGUGGGGUGGGAGGUCGUUGAAUGCGUACACACACUUCUCUCUGUUUCAACUUCCCCCGUACCAGCCAGCGAGACUCUCUUUUUAGUUUUUUCGACAGUUAAAACGGCCAUUCCCAACCAGAAAGAUUGAUUUGAUUUUUAUUAUUAUAUUAUAAAUAUCAGAUCGAAAAGAAAAAAAAGGAAUAUGAGUGGGUGGGACUGGGAUAGGGUUAGGGUAUCGAGAUUGGGAACCAGAAUGGGUCGAAAUCGCAAUAACUAUUCUACGCUCAACGAGCGCGUUCGUUCCACUCGAACGACGACGGUUCGACUCGGCCACGUCACGCCUCAGGCUCCUGGUCACCGCACCAUCUACUGCAACGAUCGCGAGGCCAAUCAACCCGUCAGAUUCAAGGGAAAUUCUAUAUCAACAACGAAGUUCAACUUUUUUACUUUUCUACCGAAAGGACUGUUUGAACAGUUCAGGCGGGUGGCUAACCUCUACUUUCUUUCAAUCUCAAUUUUAUCAGCAACAAGUAUCAGUCCUGUAUCUCCAAUAACGAAUGUGGUCCCUUUGAGUCUGGUGCUUUUUGUCUCUCUAGUUAAAGAAGCAUUUGAGGAUUGGAAGCGUCUUCAGAAUGACAUGUCAAUAAAUAACAAUCUUAUAGAGGUCUUGCUAGAUCAAAAGUGGGAGCCUCUUCCCUGGAAGAAGUUGCAGGUUGGGGACAUUGUCAGGGUUAAGCAGGACGGAUUCUUUCCUGCAGAUUUGCUUUUUCUUGCUAGUACAAACUCAGAUGGUGUCUGCUAUAUUGAGACUGCAAAUUUAGAUGGGGAAACAAAUUUGAAAAUUAGGAAGGCAUUGGAAAGGACCUGGGAUUUCUUGAGUCCUGAGAAAGCAUCUGAAUUCAAAGGUGAAGUGCAGUGCGAGCAACCAAACAAUUCAUUGUACACUUUCACUGGCAAUCUCUUAUUUCAAAAGCAAACAUUGCCUCUCUCUCCAAACCAAAUCUUGUUGCGAGGGUGCAGUCUCAGGAAUACGGAGUACAUUGUUGGGGCUGUUGUUUUUACAGGACAUGAAACAAAGGUUAUGAUGAAUGCCAAUGAUGUUCCUUCCAAAAGAAGUACAUUAGAGAGAAAACUUGACAAACUCAUUCUCAUGCUUUUUGGUGUUCUAUUUACUAUGUGUCUGAUUGGAGCCAUAGGCAGUGGUAUAUUCAUAGACCGCAAGUACUAUUACUUAUCUCUUGGUAAAAGUGUGGAUGAUCAGUUCAAUCCUGGCAACCGACUCUUGGUUGCUGUUCUGACUAUGUUUACGCUGAUUACUUUGUACUCAACCAUUAUCCCCAUUUCUCUUUAUGUUUCCAUUGAGAUGGUCAAAUUUAUUCAGUCCACUCAAUACAUCAACAAGGACUUACAUAUGUACCACAGUGAAACCAACACUCCAGCAUUGGCUCGGACUUCCAAUUUGAAUGAGGAACUGGGACAGGUGGAAUACAUCUUUUCUGAUAAAACUGGAACUUUAACAAGAAAUUUAAUGGAGUUCUUUAAGUGUUCAAUUGGAGGAGAGGUGUAUGGAACUGGCAUCACUGAAAUAGAGAAGGGAAUAGCACAGAGGAAUGGCAUAAAAUUGGAGGAUCGGAAAUCAGCCAAUGCAGUGCAUGAGAAGGGUUUUAAUUUUGAUGAUGCUAGGCUUAUGCGAGGAGCUUGGAGAAAUGAGCCUAAUCCUGAUACUUGCAAGGAAUUUUUCAGAUGCCUUGCUAUAUGUCAUACUGUACUCCCUGAGGGUGAAGAAAGCCCAGAAAAAAUCACAUAUCAAGCCGCAUCCCCUGAUGAGGCUGCUUUGGUUACUGCUGCAAAGAACUUUGGUUUCUUCUUUUACAGGCGUACACCUACCAUGAUAUAUGUUCGUGAAUCUAAUGUUGAGAAGAUGGGUAAAAUCCAAGAUGUGUCUUAUGAGAUUUUGAAUGUCCUUGAGUUCAAUAGUACACGGAAGCGUCAGUCUGUUGUAUGUCGUUAUCCAGAUGGUCGGCUUGUGUUGUACUGUAAGGGUGCUGAUUCUGUAAUAUUUGAGAGAUUGGCUUCUGUCAUUGAUGAUUUAAGGAGAGUUACAAGGGAACAACUGGAGCAAUUUGGAUCUUCUGGCUUACGUACACUUUGCUUGGCCUAUAGAGAUUUAAGUCCUGAUAUGUAUGAGAGCUGGAAUGAGAAGUUUAUCCAGGCUAAAUCUUCUCUUCGAGAUCGUGAGAAGAAGUUGGAUGAGGUGGCAGAACUUAUAGAAAAGGAUCUUAUUUUGAUUGGGUGCACUGCUAUAGAAGACAAGCUUCAAGAAGGAGUUCCAGCUUGUAUUGAGACUCUUUCUCGAGCUGGUAUUAAGAUUUGGGUAUUGACAGGGGACAAGAUGGAAACAGCAAUAAACAUAGCUUAUGCCUGCAACUUAAUUAACAAUGACAUGAAGCAGUUUAUCAUCAGUUCUGAAACUGAUGCAAUUAGAGAAGUUGAAGAUAGGGGUGACCAAGUGGAAAUUGCACGCUUCAUCAAAGAGGAAGUUAAGAAAGAGCUGAAGAAGUGCCUUGAGGAAGCACAGCACAGUCUUCGGACAGUUUCUGGACCAAAAUUAGCACUUGUAAUAGAUGGAAAGUGUCUGAUGUAUGCAUUAGACCCAACUUUACGAGUGAUGCUGCUCAACUUGAGCUUGAAUUGUACUUCAGUUGUUUGCUGCCGAGUUUCUCCUUUGCAGAAAGCACAGGUAACAACUUUGGUCAAGAAAGGUGCUCGGAAAAUUACACUGAGUAUUGGUGAUGGUGCCAAUGAUGUUAGCAUGAUUCAAGCUGCUCAUAUUGGCAUUGGAAUAAGUGGGAUGGAAGGGAUGCAAGCAGUGAUGGCUAGUGAUUUUGCAAUAGCCCAGUUUCGCUUUCUUACGGAUUUGCUUCUUGUGCAUGGGCGGUGGUCUUAUCUUAGAUUAUGCAAGGUUGUGACAUACUUCUUUUACAAGAAUCUUACGUUCACAUUGACUCAAUUUUGGUUCACCUUUCAUACUGGAUUCUCUGGUCAGAGAUUCUAUGAUGAUUGGUUUCAGUCCCUGUAUAAUGUCAUAUUUACAGCUCUGCCUGUGAUCAUGGUUGGGCUUUUUGAUAAGGAUGUCAGUGCAACCCUUUCUAAGAAGUACCCUGAACUGUAUAUGGAGGGAAUAAGAAAUGUCUUUUUUAAAUGGAGGGUUGUGGCAGUAUGGGCUUUUUUUUCUUUCUACCAAUCUCUUGUCUUUUAUUGCUUUGUGACCACUUCCAGUAAAGGUGCUAAAAGUUCAUCAGGGAAGGUGUUUGGUCUCUGGGAUGUCAGCACAAUGACCUUCACAUGUGUUGUAGUAACAGUCAACUUGCGACUUCUUCUGAUGUGUAAUUCGAUUACUAGGUGGCAUUACAUUAGUGUUGGGGGAAGUAUUUUAGCAUGGUUUAUUUUCAUUUUUAUUUAUUCAGGAAUUAUGACCCCAAUGGAUCGACAGGAGAAUGUUUAUUUCGUCAUAUAUGUCUUGAUGAGUACAUUAUAUUUUUAUGUCACACUUCUUCUUGUUCCCAUUGUUGCUCUUUUUGGUGACUUCAUCUACCAAGGGAUUCAAAGAUGGUUCUUCCCCUAUGAUUAUCAGAUUGUUCAGGAAAUUCACAGGCAUGAGCCUGAAAGUGCUGGCCGGUCAGAUUUGCUUGAGAUUGAGAACCAACUUACUCCAGCUGAGGCAAGGAGAUAUGCCAUAUCUCUACUCCCACAAGAAAGAUCAAAACACACGGGCUUUGCUUUUGACUCACCUGGGUAUGAGUCGUUUUUUGCUGCACAGCUUGGUAUAUAUGCCCCACAAAAGGCAUGGGAUGUUGCUCGAAGAGCCAGUAUGAAAUCUCGGCCAAAGACACCCCUUAAGAAAUAGUUUGAAAUGUUAUUAUUGUACAAAAGUUUUCAUUUUGACAGUCAGCUAUAGAAUGUUUGUAAAAUUAGCUUGUGCCAUAUAUAGUACUGUUUUUUAUUUUUAUUUUUUGGGGGGUCCAUUUUUUCCUUCACCCAUAAAUCUGUUCUCGUGGAAAUACUGGUUAUUAGAGUUGCUACAGAUGUACAUGUACUUGAUCUAACAAAUACAAAUGAGCAAUUUUUGGUCUGUUCAA